AUGAGGUUUCAGCUAUUGGCGUCAAGAGGUGUGGCUUCUGCUUCAAAGCCUGCAAAAAUUAAAGCCGGCUUGAUUCUCUCAAGGAUCCCAAUCGUGACGCCAGAUUUGACGACGCUGGAAAGACAAUAUUAUGAGUAUCAAAGUGAGCUGGAGAGAAGGCUUAUGUGGACAUUCCCACAGUAUUUUUACUUUAGGAAAGGCACGCUGGCUGAGAAACGAUUUUUAGCGGCUCAAAAAGGUCCAGUGAGUAAACAGCCGGGCGUGUGGUUUCCUAAAGGAGUCCCGGAUAUCAAACACAACAGAGAAAGAAGCCUGAAGCAAGAGGUAAGCCUUCCACAAAGCUCGAGCUCUGAAAGCAACGAAGGAGUGAGUAAGAAGGAUGAUAUUUCCAGGCCUGUUGUGCCAAACUCAAGACUUACUCAUGCUGACGAGUCUAACGAUGUUCAAAGUUUAGAACGUAAAUUGAGCUCCACGUUAUACCUGUUGGUGAAAAGCGGUGCCGGAAAAUGGGCUUUCCCAAGUUUCCCUAUAGCUACCGAGUCUGCACCCAAACAACCUUUGCAUGUCACAGCCGAAUUAGGCUUAAGAGUAUUAGGUGGUCCAAACAUUAACACUUGGUCAGUCUCAAGCACUCCUGCCGGCGUUUUAGGUGAUUCUCAAGCAGCAGAAUUCCUGAUUAAGUCCCAUAUUAUCUCUGGAAGAUUUGAACUUCAAUCGAAAUCUCAAUAUGACGAGUUUGCUUGGUUGACUAAAAAUGAAAUUCAACAACGUGUAGAUAAUGAAUAUUAUCAGGCGCUUUCAUGCCUACUGGCAGACGACUGA